AUGGAGGCAGAAGUGAUAAGGGGAAAAAAAGAUCUUGGGCAUAACUGGUUCUUAUACUGGGAGUACUCCAUUCUGACUCCAACCUCAAGUCCUCCAAAGGUUGCUUUUCUCUUCCUGGUUCGUCGCAAUCUCCCUCUUGAUUUUCUCUGGGGCAUCUUCUUCAAGAAUGGUGAUGCAGCCAUAUUUUCUAUUUACAUUCAUUCAGAGCCUGGUUUUGUUUUUGAUGAAUUUGCAACAAGGUCUGCCUUCUUCUUUGGUCGACAGUUAGACAACAGCAUUAAGAUUGAUGAUUUAUUUACAUUGCAGGUAGUUUGGGGAGAAUCAAGUAUGAUUGAAUCAGAGCGAUUACUAUUUAAGGAAGCUCUUUAUGAGCGAGCCAAUCAAAGAUUUUCCCUUCUCUCAGUUAGCUGUGUACCUCUCUACAACUUCAGUUACAUUUACAACUAUGUAUUGUCUUCUCCCAAAAGCUUCGUUGACAGCUUUAUUGAUGUUAAAGGAUGUCGUUAUGAUCCGAAGAUGUCACCCACUAUACGUAAGAAGAGAUGGCGAAAAGGAUCCGAGUGGAUAACCUUGGUUCGAAAACAUGCUGAAAUUGUUGUGGAUGACAACACUGUUUUCCCACUCUUCAGGCAAUUCUGCAAGCGAUGGCCACCUACACCCUCGAGUUUUAGAAGGCAACUCCGUUCAAUCAAUUGGACUCUCAAGCUUCCUUUGUUUAGAUUUAAGAAGCAUCGUAAUUGUAUCCCGGAUGAACAUUAUGUGCAGACACUACUUGCAAUAAGUGGAACUGACAACCAACCUGAACGACGAGCAGUGACUUAUACAUUAUGGAAUCAGUCGAACUCAAACAUAACAGGGAAGACAAGAUCUUGGCACCCUUUAACAUUUGAUUAUGCAGAUGCAGCGCCUCAGAAAUUAAAAGAAAUAAAGGAAAUCAACCACGUCUAUAAUGAGUAUGAACAACAUAAUGAGUUCUGCCAUACCAAUUCAAAAGUCACUCCUUGUUUCUUGUUUGCAAGAAAGUUCACUGCUCGAGCUGCAGUGCGCCUCUUGAGAGAAAGUCUGGUUGGUUCUUAUGAUGAAACAGCAAUACCAUCAUGA